AUGUUUGCAUCAAGACCUGGCCUUACUGCAAAUGAUAUAAGAACAUGGAUGGGUGAUUUUCGGCAAAUCAGGAAUGUCGCAAAAUAUGCUGCCAGACUUGGCCAAUCUUUUGGUUCCUCCAGAGAAACUUUGAGUGUUGGUAGGCAUGAGGUUGAAGUUAUUCCUGAUGUAGUUUGUUCGCUUCAUGGAACCAACUACAUCUUUUCAGAUGGAAUUGGAAAAAUAUCUGCUGACUUUGCUCAUAGAGUUGCCAUAAAAUGUGGCCUUCAAUAUACUCCAUCUUCUUUUCAGAUUCGUUAUGGUGGAUAUAAAGGUGUUGUGGCUGUUGAUCCAUAUUCAUCAAUGAAGUUAUCUUUGAGAAAGAGCAUGUUGAAAUAUGAAUCAAACAACAUAAAGUUAGAUGUCCUGGGAUGGAGCAAAUAUCAGCCUUGUUAUCUUAAUCGUCAACUGGUUACUCUCUUGUCUACUCUUGGGGUGAUAGAUGAUGUUUUAGAGCAGAAGCAAAAUGAAGCAGUAGAUCAGCUUGAUGCUAUUUUGCAUGAUUCUUUGAAGGCACAGGAAGCUUUAGAAUUGAUGUCUCCUGGAGAGAAUACUAAUAUUCUCAAGGAGAUGCUAAAUUGUGGUUAUAUGCCUGAUGCUGAGCCGUUUCUUUCAAUGAUGCUGCAAACUUUCCGGGCUUCGAAGUUGCUCGAUUUGCGGACUAGAACAAGAAUAUUUAUUCCAAAUGGUAGAACGAUGAUGGGAUGCUUGGAUGAAUCCAGAACCCUGGAAUAUGGUCAGGUGUUUGUUCAGUUUUCUGGUGCUGGACGUAGACAGUUUUUUGAGGAAUCGCAUCCUUUUAAUGACAGUGGAUCCGCCAACUGUGAUUUCAUUCUCAAGGGAAACGUGGUCGUUGCAAAAAAUCCAUGCUUGCAUCCUGGUGAUAUUCGUGUUUUAAGGGCUGUUGAUGUUCCAGCUUUGCACCACAUGGUUGAUUGUGUUGUAUUUCCCCAGAAAGGAAAAAGACCUCAUCCAAAUGAAUGUUCUGGAAGUGAUUUGGAUGGGGAUAUCUACUUUGUUUGUUGGGAUCCAGACUUGAUUCCGCCAAGGCAAGUCCAGCCGAUGGAUUAUACUCCAGCACCCACCACACAGUUGGAUCAUGAUGUCACAAUUGAGGAAGUUGAAGAGUACUUCACCAACUAUAUCAUUAAUGACAGUUUGGGAAUCAUAGCAAAUGCGCACGUUGUAUUUGCAGACAGAGAACCUGAUAUGGCCAUGAGCGAUCCGUGCAAACAACUUGCUCAGCUCUUUUCAAUUGCAGUUGACUUUCCAAAGACUGGCGUUCCAGCUGAAAUACCAUCUCAGUUGCGCCCUAAAGAAUACCCAGACUUCAUGGAAAAGCCAGACAAGCCAACCUAUCCCUCGGAAAAAGUUAUUGGAAAGCUUUUCCAGAAAGUGAAGAACAAAACACCCCAGGCUAGCUCCAUCGCGACCUUCACAAGGGAUGUUGCCAGGAAAUCAUAUGAUAGUGAUAUGAUAGUCGAUGGAUUCGAAGAUUACAUUGACGAAGCUUUUUACUACAAAAGUGAAUACGACAACAAGCUUGGUAAUUUAAUGGACUACUACGGCAUAAAAACUGAGGCUGAAAUACUUAGUGGUGGCAUCAUGAAAGCAUCAAAAACUUUUGACCGCAGAAAAGAUGCAGAGGCCAUUGGUGUUGCUGUGAGGUGUUUGAGGAAGGAGGCAAGGGCCUGGUUCAAGAGGCGUAGUGAUAUUGAUGACAUGUUAGCAAAGGCUUCGGCUUGGUACCAUGUUACAUAUCAUCAUACAUAUUGGGGUCUCUACAAUGAGGGGUUGAAAAGAGAUCAUUUCAUUAGCUUUCCCUGGUGUGUUUAUGACCAGCUGAUCCAGAUUAAGAAGGCAAAAGCUCGUAAAAGGCCGGUUCCCCACUUGUCUUCACUCGGGAGUCAACUGAGUCGCAAAUUAGUGAUAUGGUAGCAUUAAGGCGAUCUAUAUAAUGUAAAAAGGGUGUGAUCAUAAGAGAACUGCUAUGCCUUGUUAACAACCUUUUGUCUUUUAAACUGGUGAUAUAUUUAUGUAGCACUCUUUAAAACAGUUGUAUAGCUAAGUAGUAAUUAGUGUGCGAUUUAAGUUUGUUUUAUCUCUCUUCUCUACAUGUUUCAUGUUAUGAUUUAUGUAUUACGCUUAACUUCAA